AGGGUGCUGUUCAGGGCUCGGUGCUGAAACGUCUCAAGUGCAUUCAGCUAGGUUAGCUACGCUGCUUCACAGGCAGUAGGGAAGAGGCACACUCAUUUGAAAUAUCGAUUAAAAGAGAUUGCCACUGUUUUGUUACUGUUGCCUUGUUUUAAGGCGAGUCCGAAAACGUUAGUGACACCUCAACUGCAGACUCGACACAGUUCCACUCUUCUGACUUAUUCCAGAUGUUCGAGUCUGAGUUGUGUUUAAGCUAAUUAUCAGCUACAACGUGAAACUUCAGGAUGUGCAUUUUACCUACGGAUGGUUACCAGUGUUUCUCUUAAAUUGAUGUUAUUAAUAUUGGGCACUUACAGCCCAGGUUUGAAACUAAGUGCCAACAGGUUCAUCUCCCUUCCUGCACCAAAAGGAAUAAACAUUCUUAGGGACUUAUAUCAGACCGGUCAACAGCUGUGAUUAUCUGACUUACCGCAAAAAAAAGUUUGACUGUAUUGAUUCACCACAGAAUAACCUGCAGUGGUUUCAGCUAUUUUAUUUAUGUAAAUCAGCUGUUAAGCAGCAGUAGCUUAGAAAGCCAGUAAGCAAGCGAAAGCUGCCCUGACAUUGGAGACAAUUUCCCCCUGUGCCAUAUGUAGUUAAAAGUGUUAUUAGCCUCUGUGUUGUGGGAUUGGCUGAAAGAACUGAUAUUUGGAGUGAAAUCAGUGUUAAGUACUCAGCUAUUAAACUUUCCAAAAACUGAGGCAACAGUGUAUGAAGAAUACUAUUACCAAAAUGCUAACUGCUGUACACGGCAUAAAGAAACAAAGGGAUUAUUCAAGGCUCUAUCAGAAGCAAUCAAAUUAAAGGAGUCUUGCAUCCACUUCCAGUAUGGGACUAUCCUAGAGAAACUAACAUAGAAGAGAUAGUAAAAAGAGCGUUGCUUUCUUGUUGGGGAUGUACUAGGACUUCAGUUUUUAUUCUGAAGGUUUUAUGGCGUGAAGGCUGAAAAAAUAAUGCACACUCAAAAUGAAGAAAGAAAAGAGCUGGGAUCUUACAGUGGCACCAUCUGUGGAUUCCAUGAUUAUGCUUUUGUAUAACAAUGACUCUUAUGAUGGAAACUGGACAGAUUACUUUAAUGGGACGGUAUCUGGACAGAAGCACCCUUACAACUAUUAUGCAAUGCUGCUCACGCUGCUUAUAUUUGUCAUUGUGUUUGGCAAUGUGCUGGUUUGCAUGGCUGUGUCGAGGGAAAAGGCACUUCAGACCACAACUAAUUACCUGAUUGUCAGUCUUGCAGUUGCAGACCUCCUGGUGGCAACGCUGGUCAUGCCAUGGGUUGUUUACUUAGAAGUAGUUGGCGAGUGGAGGUUCAGUCGAAUCCAUUGUGAUAUCUUUGUAACUCUAGAUGUCAUGAUGUGUACGGCAAGCAUCCUUAAUCUCUGUGCCAUCAGUAUUGACAGGUACACAGCUGUUGCAAUGCCAAUGUUAUACAACACCCGCUACAGCUCCAAACGCAGAGUCACUGUUAUGAUCUCUGUGGUCUGGGUAUUAUCAUUUGCAAUAUCAUGCCCACUUCUAUUUGGACUGAAUAAUACAGAUACAGAAAAUAACAAAGAAUGUGUGAUUGCAAAUCCUGCUUUUGUGGUCUAUUCCUCCAUUGUCUCUUUCUACGUCCCCUUUAUCGUCACGCUACUGGUGUAUGUGCAAAUAUAUGUGGUACUCAGGAAGAGGAGGAAGCGGGUAAACACCAAAAGAACCAACCAUGGUAUGGAUCCUGAAGUUCAAGUCCCACUGAAGGACAAAUGCACUCAACCUGAAGAUGUGAAGUUAUGUACAGUCAUUGUAAAAUCCAAUGGAAACUUCUCUGUCAGUAAAAAGAAAGUGGAAGCAGUUGAUCACCGUGAGGAAGUUGAAAUGGACAUGAUGUCGAGUACCAGUCCUCCUGAAAAAACAAAGCACAAAGCCAGUGUGAAUAACCACCAGAUGGCUGCACCUGCCACUGCCAACCAAUGUAUUGGUUCUAAUCUGCCUUCACCUGCAGAUAGCCCCAUCAAAGCUGAGAAAAAUGGACAUCCAAAGGAUCCCAUAAAAACAGCAAAAGUGUUUGAAAUUCAGGCAAUGCCCAAUGGGAAAACUAGAACAUCAAUAAAGACCAUGAGCAAAAGGAAGCUUUCACAGCAGAAGGAAAAGAAAGCCACACAGAUGUUAGCCAUUGUACUAGGUGUGUUCAUUAUAUGUUGGCUACCUUUCUUCAUUACGCACAUCCUGAAUAUCCAUUGCACAGGGUGCAAAAUUACACCUGAGAUGUACAGUGCUUUCACGUGGCUUGGCUAUGUCAACAGUGCUGUUAAUCCAAUUAUAUAUACUACAUUCAACAUCGAAUUCAGGAAAGCAUUCAUUAAAAUACUUCACUGUUAAGGACCUGGAUAAAGGAUAACACAGUACAAGACCUAAACAAAGCAAAGCCUGUACAGGAUGGGAAGGAAAAGGUUUUACUUGUUUUCCUUGCAGAAAGGCCAAGCAUCACAUGCCUCCAUUAUGAAAAAUGACAGCAGGGAGACAACACCACAAUUAUCUUUCUCUGGGGCAUUUUAAGAAGGCUUAACUACUGUAAAUGUACCUCAGUAAUAAAUAAGGCAAAAAUGCUUUAUAUAAAACAAUACUGGAUUAUAUUAGUGUAUCAAAAUCAUCUUAUAAACAGCACCAUUAAUGGAUAAUGACUUUAAACACUCAUGGCCAUGUUUUUGCAGUCUAGCCAUACAAAAACAGAGGUGGGCUUUUUUUGGCUAAUAUAUCAGGUAGACUUAUUUUUCGAACUGAGUGCCAAAACUCAUGUAGACCUGAAGACUUUAAUGAAGGAAAAAUAAAUAGAAGAAAUGAAUCCUUCUGGAAGUGUUUGCCCAUGUUUGAGGUGCGACAUUAAGCAUAGCAUAUUAAAUAUGAAAUGUAAAUAGAAGUUCAUAUUAGAAGCCCAAGCCAAAAAAUAUUAUUCUGACAUUUUGUUUUGCACAGAAUAUGUUUUUUUUUCCAUUCUAAAACAAAUAUAUUGUUACAGUCAUGAAUCACUGGAUUCAAGGUUUUAUAACCUCUGAAUGUCAUUCUGUGGUGUUACUCGCUUUUUCAUCCACAAGGUCAUUUCAGAGAUUUGCUGAAAAACUAUAUAUGUUUUGCUACACUUCUCUACAGCAAAUCUGUAUAAAAUGUAAAGGAUUUGCAGCGUGUAAACCAUCCUCUGACAGAUAGUCUUACACGGUUCUGUUAUGGCAGCUGGCUAUAUUUCAUUUUUCAAAAAGUGAAAGUAUAAAAAUGAAUGUAUGUUGAUAAUGUCUCUCAGCAAAACUAGAUAAGAAAAUGAAAUUUCAUUUUUAUGUGCAGGGAAAAUAUUUGCUGACUUGCCAUGCAUAUAUAUAGCUCAUACAUACUUGUAAUAAAUUUCUAAUGAAAAAUGAUAUGACAGAGCAGGGUUUUAUUUUGCAAUCACCUUUGCUAAAUAUGCCAUUUUGAAUGACAUACUGUUAUCAUUCCUAUUUACAAUACAUGGUUUUGUCCUAUGGCGUUCAGUUUAUUUUUUCUCAAGGUAAUUGAUAUCCUCUCAUUUACCUUGCCAAUGAUCUAUGAAUAAUAAAGACACAAUAAUGGAUGAGAUCAUGCUAUCCGAAUUACCCAUUUAUAUCUGCGAUACUGACAGACUAUUAUUAAAACAAAUAAUUUCAUUAUCUGGAGACAGCUGUGCUCUAAUUUAUGCAAUUAUGACAUGUGAAUGAAUAAAUAAAGACCAGUUUGGAUUAAGGAUCACAAA